AAGAACUCGGUGAAACAACAUGGAAAAUCAUGCAACUAAAAGAAAAUAAAAAUACGAAAUAUGUAUAAAAGGACACUGAUCCAUUCUUCCACGACUCCAACCAUUAUUUACCAACUACGUAGCACUCUCUUUUGGUUUGUUUUAGACCUCUAAAUUUUGUGAUAAGAUAAUCACCAGGUUUUGGAAUUUGGAUGCCCGUAUAUGGUGGACCUAAAUUGGCUUUUUGUUUUACUUGGUUUGGGAGAAAAGGGAGCACCCAUUUCUGAUAACACCAAAGCUUGGCAUCAGAUAUUGUUGCUGACAAUUGUGAUUGGAAUCUGGUGGCUAUUGUGUCAUUUUGCAGAUGAUAGAGAAGUCAAUCCCAAUAUCAACGAGGUUGAUGACGAGCUGGGGGAGAUGGAGCACCCCAAUGAUGAACUAGACCAUUUUUUUGAUGAGGAUGAUCACCGGGCAGCCGUCGUGGUCGGUGAUGAAGCUCGUGGGAGACACGGUGGUUGUUCCAUCUGUGGGGAUUUUAGCACCACAAGGUGUGCUCGCUGCAAGGCUGCUAGAUACUGCUCAGGGAAAUGCCAAAUUAUACAUUGGAGGUUGGGGCAUAAAUAUGAAUGUUCUGAAUCAGGGACUGCAGCAGAUGAAGCGAGACCAACUCAUGAUCAUGGAACCUCCAAGCUUGUCGAGAAGUCGGAAAUGGAGAGUACCUCUAAUGGGUCCAAUGUUGAUGAUGGAGUGGAAUGGAAUCCAGAAUCUCAUGUGGGAGAGGAAGUAUCCAGUGGCAAUGAUGUUAACAAAUUCCAUGGUUGUGAAAUAUGUGGUAGCCCAAGUACCACAAGAUGUUCACGAUGCAAAGCCGUCAAAUACUGCUCAGUGAAGUGCUUGAUUAUGGACUGGAAAUGGCAUAAAGAUCACUGCAUUGCAAGAGACGUGGAUUCAGCUCCAAUAGAAAGAUCUCGUAGAGAUGUUGGAUUUCUCAAGAAUUCUUAUGAAGAGGAAGAGAGUAUUCGUUCAUCUUAUCCCCUUUCUUUGGAGUUUCAUCCGGAAGAAAGCACAAGCUUCAAGUCUCCAAUUGAAGUAUCACAGGAUCCUACCAACAAAGUGUUAUAUCUUGAGGACGAAGUAGCCAAGUCUAGGAAUGAGAUUUUAUUACUACAGUCAGAACUUGACGAGUGGAAGAAUCGAGCGAAUUUCGCAAGAGAAAAAUUCCAAAGCCUCAAGAGAGAAUCAAAUUACCAGUUGCUUGUGUUGAAGAAUGAAAAGGAAUCAAUAGCAGAGGCUGAAACUAGAGCUCGCAAUGUGAUUCACAGUUUACAUAAAAAGCUAAACCACUUGCAGAAUGUAGUGCAAGAAAGCAUUGCAGAGAAGAGAAAGCUAGAAGAAGAUAUACAAAGUUUAGAGAGUGAAUGUGCUGACCUGAAGAAACAACUGCAAGAAGAGCAUAAACAUGCUCAACGCCUUACAAUGGAAUCUGACAAGAGUCGUGAGGCUGCAAAAAUAGCUAUGAGAGAAGUUGAAGCAGUUAGACAAGAGUUACAAGAAGAGCGAGAACAUGCUCAACGACUUAAGGAGAAUUUUCAUAGAGAUGUUAUAUUUUCUGAAUCCAGAGCUACCUUUGCUGAGGCAAAACUCAGUGAUCUUUAUAGGAAAAUCAGAAUGUCAGAUUAUAAGGUCUGUUCUAUAUGCCUUUCCAAUGACAGGGACUUGGCCUUUGGAUGUGGGCACAUGACUUGUAGAGACUGUGGAUCGAAGUUAUCAAAGUGUCCUAUAUGCCGUGAGCAGAUCACAAACCAUAUCAAGCUAUUUACUGGGUGACUAUGUUUGGAUGCUCAUAUAUUAUUUUCUGUGGGUUCCAAAUAUAUUAUGUACAUAAAAUCCUGAAACAGUUUUUUCCUACUGUUACACACAUUCCCCUUCGCACCUCUCUUAUGGUUCUACAUGUGCACACUCUGGUUACUCAUACCUCACUCUAGUAUUACAUACUUGUUAUGUACUCUUGGAGACAACAAAUAUGUACAGUUCAGCUACACAGUUUGUUGAGUCGAAUUGCAAAGUACCACAUACCAUUGGAAAAUAGUCAACAAAAGUAUUCCAAUUCUCUCAUGGCUAAUGCAGUGUUAUAUGGUGUGAAAUGGAAGAUGGGAUUUUUUACCUCACAUCCUUGCAUCUGUUGCACUCAUCUAGUCCCUGAUGUCUUCUUUUAUCCCAGACAGAAAGGAACAGGUAUAUAUAAUGAUGCCAUCAACUGACCCUUGAAUGUAAACAGUGCAAACAUCUGGUUAUCUUGAACACCUAUGUAUUAUGCAUUUCCGCUGAAAGAAUUCUAGAUAGCCUAUGUGAAUUUUCCAUCUGAAUAAAAUAUAUAGUCUCUAGUCUGCAGAUUUUCUUGUGCUCCAUUAAAUUUACUUCCUUUCUGCUUCC